UUCCUUCACCAGUUUCUCAGUGCCUUCUGUGAAGCACCCAGCCAUGAAGUGCCGCUGAAACGCCAGCGGCUCGGUCUGACCGAGCCUUCGUCAUGGCGAAUCGGCGUCGACUGCCGAGACGCCGCCGCCCCUGGGGCCUUUGGGGCCUUUGGGGCCUUGGGCUCUUGGGCGCUUUUGGCCCGCUUGACAUCGCGGGACCGUGUCUUUCAGGUGUGGAACCCACUCGCUUGGAACCUGUAAGCCUGUUGGUCGCGGUGGCAGGGAAGUCAAAGGCGUUGUCCUUGGCAGGGGAGCCGGGAUGCCCGGACGAUGCAGGCGAACUCCAAGAGGCCCUGGAGGCCUGGGCCACCGCAAGCCAUGGCAGGCUGGAAAAAGGAAGCUCCAGCUAUAGAAUGCUUGGCAUUGAAGUUGAGCGGAAGAAGAUGAACAAGCUGUGGGAGGAAGGACACUUGCUGGUCUCGUGUUAUGAUGCUUUCGCCUGGCUCCGGACUGGAAGAUGUCCGGUGCAUGGGCAGCCACCCAGCACCGAGGAUGUGCUGCGGAGCAUGGGGCGGGUCUUGGAACGACCUCCGGCAGAGGCCUCUGAUGAUGAGCUUCGGGCAUGGAUCGGCCGAGAGUAUGGAGAAGAUGGUCUGAAGCGACUGCUGGCCUCCCAGGAGUCCCUGGAGUCACCUACCGAGUCCGCCUCCCCUUUGGUGGAGCUGAAGGAGUUCUUUACAUGGUUCCGGCGAAACUUCCCUUACUAUCACGGCCACUGCGAGCGCUGCAUGCGUGUCACACACUUCUUGGGUGUGGCGAGGCCAAGUGAUGAUGAGCGUCAAGAAGGAGGAGCAGGAGUUUCUGAGGUGAAUUUCUGUGAAGGCUGCAAUGUGAGUUCCCUCUUCCCGCGCUUCCGGCGAGUGCGGCCGGUCCUGGACACACAUCGCGGACGCUGUGGGGAGUAUUCUUGGUUGGCCUUAAGAUUCCUUGAGGCGUUGGGAUUCCCUGCCAGAUGGGUGGAUAAUCAUGCUGGUCAUGCGUGGGUGGAAGCGUGGGUGGAGAAUCGCUGCGGUCGCUGGGUGCACAUUGAUCCCUGCGAAGCUGCGGUGGACGAACCUCUACUCUAUGCAGAGCAGUGGGGGAGGUGUCCUUUACAUGUCCUGGCAUACCAGGCAACUGCUGAGUUGGCCGUUUCCGUCGAAGACGUGACGAGCACAUAUCGCCCGGCAGAUGCUGAAGCAGUUCCAGAGGAGAUCUCACAGAAGGUGACGGAAGCCGUGGCCGAAGCGCGCAUGAAAUUGGAUCCUUGGAGCAGUUUCCCCACUCAGAGCUCCUGCAUCGACACUCCUCCGGCCCCACAUUCGGCGGCUCGUGGAAACAAGGAAGAGAAGCGAAGGGCAGCUUCGAAGUCCAGCAAAAAGUGCGACAGAGUCAGCGUUUGGCCAGGCCAAGUUUGGUGGCUUGAGCCAGCCCAAGGAGUCAAGACGUUUGGCCAAGAGGGCGCAGUUCGUUGACCAUAGUUCUGGAGCCAUGGCCCUCCAAAUGUUUGGAUGUUUCUUUCGAACUAUGUAUAAAUAGAUACUUUGUCUAGAUAACCUUUAAUCAAGCUAGAAUCCAAACACGUGUUUCUGAUCUUUGCUAUCGCAUCUUAC